AGUCACCGUCUCCAGCGAUGUAGUUAUGUCAAUCCUCUAGAUGAUCCGAUCAAGAAUGGUGACUAUAAGAAGGGACCUAAACUUUCUUUCCUCUUCAUACAGCAGAAGAAAGAAGACAUAGCCAUGGACAGACUGCUAGGCGGCUCUCUGCCGGUGCCUUGUGUUCAAGAGCUCGCAAAGCAGCCACUGAGCACUGUUCCAACCCGCUAUGUUCGGCCCGACCAAGACCCUCCAUUCAUAUCCAAUCCCUCCUCUUUACCACAAGCCCCAGUCAUCAAUUUCCAGAGCUUGCUGUCUCCAGAAAUGGUGGAUUCCGAGCUGCAGAAGCUGCACAACGCUUGCAAAGAUUGGGGUUUCUUUCAGUUGAUCGAUCAUGGAGUGAGCUCAGUGGUGAUGGAGAAAGUGAAGUUAGAGGUACAAGAAUUCUUCAAGCUGCCAAUGGAAGAGAAGAAGAGAUUUUGGCAAGAACCAGGGCAUGUGGAAGGAUUCGGGCAAGCAUUCGUUAUGUCCGAGGAGCAGAAGCUUGAUUGGGCAGACAUGUUUUACAUGAUCACUCUCCCAACUCACAUAAGAAACCCCCAUCUAUUUCCCAACCUGCCACUUCCACUCAGAAACACCAUCGAAGCAUACACAGCGGAAUUGAGAAAGGUUGGCAUGAAGCUACUCAGCCUCAUGGCAAAAGCACUGGGAAUGAAAGAGGAAGACAUGAUGAAGAUAUUUGGGGACGGGGUGCAAACAAUAAGGAUCGGCCAUUAUCCGCCAUGUCCAGAACCAGAGAAAGUUAUUGGGCUAAGCCCCCACUCUGAUGCUAGUGGCAUUACCAUCCUUCUCCAGGCUACUGAUGUGGAAGGGUUGCAGAUAAAGAAAGAUGGCAAAUGGGUACCCAUCAAACCACUGCCUGAUGCUUUUAUUGUCAACAUUGGAGACAGCUUAGAGAUCUUAAGCAAUGGAAAUUACCAGAGCGUUGAGCACCGAGCAGUUGUUAACUCGGAGAAGGAGAGGUUUUCUGUAGCUACAUUUAUUAGUGGAAAUCUGGAUGGAGAAUUGGGUCCUGCGCCUAGUCUUAUCACUCCUCAAACUCCAGCAUUGUUCAAAACAGUGAGAUUUAUAGAGUUUGCUAGAGGAGUCUUGUCGCGUGAACUUCGUGGGAAGUCGAAUGUGAAUGUCAUGAGGAUUCAAAGGGAUGAACAGCAGAACUAAGGAAUUUCAAAGUUUUAUGGAUGAAGUGAUGUCCCAUUAUGAUUUCAAAAAAUGAAAAACUCCAUCGAGUUUGAUGUUAUUUAUCUAUGUCUGUAAGUGCUUGGGUAUUUUAUGCAUUAUUAUAUAUGCAGUCAAAAACUUAUGUAUUUAAGUGUUUUAUGUAUUUAAUGGUUGUAUUUUAAAUAAAAAUGUACACUUUUCAUGCACAAA